AUGGCUGCCCCAGCGACAAUCAUUAUCAUUGGCUCUGGCGUUUUUGGCCUUUCGACGGCCUACGCUGCAAGCCGCGACCCUAGAUUCGGAAACAGCAAGAUAAUUCUCGUGGACCGCUGGAACUUUGAGCCCGAAUCCUCCACAACAUCUGUCCAGAAUCCUGGAGCUGCGAAUGCCGAUACAUCCCGAGUGAUUCGUCGCGACUAUCCACAUCCUCAUGAUGCUUAUGCCGCCCUUGCCCUAGAGGCUUUGACACACUGGAGGGCUGAAUGGGGUGAGAAUGGACGCUACACGGACCAACGACUUCUAUUUGCCGCGGAGGGAUCUUCAAUCGAAGGCCCUAAAAGGGAUGGCGAGAUUAUCAACUACGUGAAGGAUGCCUAUGAGCUCAGCAUCGAUAUCACACCAGGUGGCAAAGACGCCUUGAAGGUCGUCGACUCCCUGGCUGCAAUUCGAGCAGAGCUUGGCCUGCCUUCGACCAAUCCCACAAACAUCGACAAAGAUAGCAAUGCCCUGAGAGGAUAUAUCUCAGACGAUUGCGGAUGGGCCAACGCAGGUGCCAGUAUCGAGUACCUCCGGCAGAAGGUGGUCAAACUUGGCCGUGUCCAGUUUGUCGUCGGCCAGGUAGGGGAAUUGAUCCAGUCGGAUGACAAGGCACAUGUCAAGGGCGUCAAGCUUCUUGGCGGCACUGAAAUACUGGGCGACCUCACAGUUGUCGCUGGAGGUGGCCAGUCGCCGCGCAUUUUGGGAUUGAAAGACUUGUGUGACGUCUAUAACGACGUAGUUGCAUUCAUCCAGCUGACACAAGCUGAGUGUGAUGAGUUGAGACGCAGAAAGUGGCCACUCAUCGUGAACGUCAAUCGUGGUGUCUUCGCGAUUGGUCCCGACGGUGAUAACUGCUUAAAGUUAGGCCACUUCUCCCACAGUGGUAUCGUGGAUGCCUUGAAGAGUGCCAAGAUCGAACUAGGACCGCGAAAGAAGACUCUCAGCGCUGAACAGGAAUGGGCCGACCCGGACUUCGGCUGGGGCGGAGAUGUUCAAUUGACCGAGCUCGGUGAUCUGGUUGACGAUGACAAAGUAAGGCUCAACAAAACCCUUGCUGAUUAUCGGUUGUUCCUCAUCGAGCUUCUUGGGCCAUCAUCGUUUGACAGCAUUGAUACUGUCGGGGAUGUCAAGUACGACAGUGUUCUGAAUAGCAUCGCUGUUAGGCCAUUUACGCGGAUACGGAAGUGCUGGUAUACUGACCGGCCUUCUCUUGACUUUAUCGUGGAUUACCAUCCGUCAUUUGGCAAGAGUUUGUUUGUUGCAACUGGCGGAGGAGAUCAUGCCUUCAAAUUUCUUCCGGUGAUUGGGGAGAAGAUUGUGGAGCUCAUCUUGUAUCAGCAGGGCGUGAAGGCGCCAGCCCUUAGGGAACUGAAUCCUUCAGUCGAAGAGCUCAGUAAACUCUGGAAAUUUCCAGAUGAUUUAUUGAAAUAA